GACAUCACUAGCGAUUACUCAAAAAUGCCAAAUGAGUGACUGGCUGUGUAUCCUGUAAUCAGUUGAUAUAAAAAAAUGGCAAAAACUUACGACUAUUUAUUUAAAUUACUUCUUAUAGGUGAUUCCGGAGUGGGAAAAACAUCUAUAUUAUUUAGAUUCUCUGAGGAUGCUUUUAAUAUCUCAUUUAUAUCAACCAUUGGUAUUGACUUCAAAAUUCGUACAAUAGAUUUGGACGGCAAAAAAGUUAAAUUACAAAUAUGGGAUACGGCGGGUCAGGAAAGAUUCCGUACAAUUACAACGGCUUAUUACCGUGGUUCUAUGGGCAUUAUGCUAGUUUAUGAUGUUACAAACGAGAAGAGCUUUGAAAAUAUUAAAAAUUGGAUUAGGAAUAUUGAAGAGAAUGCGAGUGCAGACGUGGAAAAAAUGAUUCUUGGCAAUAAAUGUGACUUGGAUGCAAAGAGACAGGUUUCUAAGGAAAGGGGAGAACAAUUAGCUGUAGAAUAUCAGAUCAAAUUUGUAGAAACGUCAGCAAAAGAUUCUUUAAAUGUCGAAUACGCUUUCUAUACAUUAGCAAGAGAUAUCAAAGCUAAAAUGGAGAAAAAGCAGGAGGCGAGUAAUCCUGCAGGUGCUCGUUCAGGGACCCACCAGCUGCGUGACGAGCGACCCAAGCCUACAUCCUGGCUGUCUCGCUGCUCUGUGCUCUGACGUCACUACCCGCCCCCUCCUCGCUCCCCUGCUAGGUGGCAUCUCGGCAUGGGCCCAAAAGACCCACUACUAUAUUUUUCGACCUACACAUUUUUCUGGUGCAAAUCCACACAGCAAUCGGACUUGCUUUUUGUAUUUUUAUAAACGAUUAUUUCUCUAAGGUGUUAAUUAUAGAUGGCAAUAUUAAUUUGAUUAAAUUUUAGGGAUUUAUAUCGGCAUUCACUCAUCUAUUGGUGAUGAAUUGUGACAGUUCAUAUCUGGAAUGUUAAAUGUGACCUUACUUGAGCUUCGGAAUCAGUAUUUUUAUUUCUGUGGUCAGUCCUUUUGUAAAGUACAUUAUUAUUAUUAUUUAAUUAAAUUUCUUAUUAGGGCGAAAUUAUGUGGUAUUAUGAUUUAAUAAUGCAAAUGGUUUAAAAGAUAUUAUUUCAAUAGAUUGAUAGCUGUAUUUUUCUUUUGCUACUUUAAUUAAGAUAUAUAUUUUAAUGUAAUAUAUACUACGUAUUUAAUUUGAAUAAACAGUGCUUUUUUUAAACAA